CCAUUCACCACCCAUUCAUUCCAAGGGGCAGUGAAGGGACAGGCUCGUCUUGUACACCAUGAUGGCAGUUAUCAGAAUUAAUAAAAUGUGUCCCUAGAGUAACUUGCAAAUUCCACUCUGUACGAUGACACGGCUAGCGGAUUACUUCGUAGUCGUGGGCUACGACCAUGAGAAGGAAAGGAGUGGUGUCAGCAAUGGCGUCAUUAUCCAACGCUUUCCAGAAAAGGAUUGGGAGGAUACGCCUUUCAUUGAUGGCAUAGAAUGGUUUUGUCAACCUCAAGGAUGGGCUCUUUCUUCAGAACGACAAGAACCUCGGUUCUUUGUCUCAGUUCUCACAGACAUAGACGCCAAGCGGCACUAUUGUGCAUGCCUGUGUUUCAACGAAACUGUUUCAAUAACCCCAAGCAAACCUGUAGACGAGGAAGAAGACCAGGUAGAAGCAGAAAACUCACACCCAAGUCUAAGUGGCAGUUUACCAAGACCACUGCCCACCAUUAUGCAUCACAGUAUAAUGUAUGCUCCAAAGUGCCUCGUCUUGGUUUCACGUCAGGAUUAUAUAGAAACAUUUCGUAACUGCCUGGGAAUCAUGUACACUGUGUAUGUGGAAGGCCUUCCAAUUCCUUUGGAAACCUUAGUCGGCAACAUUUUAGGAUGUAUUCAAGUACCCCCUCCAGGGGGGCCCCAAGUCCGGUUCAGCAUUGGAGCAGGGGACAGGCAAGCCCUCCAGCCCCCACUGAGCCCUUCUCUACCAGUCACUAAUACCUCUGUACAUCUUCUUUUUCAACAAUUAGGAAUUCGAAAUGUCCUGGUCCUUUUCUGUGCUGUUAUGACUGAGCACAAAAUUUUAUUUCAUUCAAAGUCAUAUUCACGUUUGACCGAUGGAUGUCGAGCUUUAAUAGCUUUGAUGUACCCUUUCCGCUAUUGUCAUGUUUACAUUCCGCUCCUCCCAGCUGCACUUGUUGAAGUACUGUCAACACCAACUCCUUUUGUGAUGGGUGUUCACUCUUCAUUGAAGUCUGAAGUGGCUGAAUUGAUGGAUGUAAUCAUGGCUGACCUGGAUGGCGGCUCUAUAUUUGUUCCUGAUGGAAUUUCACUUCCCCUCCUCCCUGAGCCCUUACUCAGUCAAACUUUUGAGUCUCUGAGUAAGGUCCUGCAGCCUGAACUGGCAUGUGCGGAUCAUGCCUUUCCUCCUCUUGCAAUGCGUAUUACACCGCCUGCGGUCCAGGACAAGGAAAUCCGUGCCGUGUUCAUGCGAGCCCUUGCUCAGCUGUUACAAGGCUAUAGAAGUUGUCUGACUAUCAUCAGGAUCCAUCCGAAACCUGUUAUUGCCUUUGCACGGGCAUCUUUCCUGGGUGAGAGGGGCUUCACUGACUGUGAUUUCACCACUCGAGUCUUGGAGUGCAUGUUCUUCACUGGCUUUGUGCAAGACAGAGGCGCUCCGUGGAGACCAUGUGACGUGUGGGAUGAACUGUACAGCAAUAUUGGCGAUCACUUGAGAUUAGAGAGUCAAGACCAGAGGCUGCUGUAUGUCCAUAUUCAGGAGCUGGGACAGCAACUGUACACAAACGAAAGUCCAAACCCUCAACCGUAUGUCCAAAAAAUUUUGAAGCCUCCAGAUGGAGCUUUUGCUCGAAUCCAUCAGCCAGCCUUCCCUCAUAUAGACUGCAGUCAAGUUCAAGCUAUCAUUGAUGACAACAUGAGCAAAAACAAUCUCAAAUCAAGGCUUGCAUCAAUUAAAACUGUUCAACCUCGAAUUGUACCAGUGGGUCCACAUAUCUCAAAUGUAAAUGAUAAUAGACAUAUAGUUAGCAAUUCAGCAAGAAGACUGGAAGUUUUACGUAACUGUAUCAAUUGUAUUUUUGAAAACAAAAUAUCAGAUGCUCGCAAGUCAUUUCCUGCAGUUACAAGGGCAUUGAAGUCAAAAGCAGCAAGACUUGCGCUCUGCUCUGAAUUAGCACAGCAUGUAGUUGGCAAUAAAGCAAUGCUUGAACACCAACAAUUUGAUCUUGUAGUCAAGUUAAUGAACUAUGCUCUUCAGGAUGACUCUGCUAUGGAUGAGCAUGGGGUUGCGGCUGCCUUGCUUCCCUUAGCUACAGCAUUUUGUCGCAAACUUUGUACUGGUGUUAUUCAGUUUGCAUAUACUUGCAUUCAGGAACAUGCAGUUUGGCAGAACCAACAAUUUUGGGAAGCUGCUUUUAAUCAGGAUGUUCAGAAAGACAUUAAGGCAUUGUACCUCCCUCGAAUGGACUCAAGUGUACAUUCACAUGGACCCCACACACCACAUACACCUCAUCAGACCCAUUCCCGUUUAGCCAACUCUGACAUGACCAUCAGUCCAGUAAGCCCAAGAGAGAGCAAAGAAUUUGUAUGGAAAGAUCACCGUUCUAGUUACAAUAGAAUUCAGGAACCCUCUGCGUUGGAAAUUGCAGCUGAGCAAAUGAGGGUGUGGACAACUUAUGAUGCAGAUAAACAGAAGGACCUGGUGUCUAGUGAAGAAGCUACCCUAUACAGUCAAGCAAUUCACUACGCCAAUCGCAUGGUGUAUUUACUAGUCCCCUUGGAUGUAGCUGCUCAGAAGCAUCGCCAAGAUCACACCAUGGAAGAUGAAAGGGCUUCGAAUAGCAUAACAAACAGUGUAGCUGAGAGUGACAGUGCUGAUGCAGAGUCUGGUUUUGAAGAGCAGGACCCAGGAGAAACUGGGGCCACUGUUAUUCGGCUAGUCUCUCGCUUUGUUGACAAAGUGUGCACUGAAGGUGGAGUUUCUCCAGAACAUGUCCGCUGUCUUCAUCAAAUGAUUCCUGGAGUUGUGCACAUGCAUAUUGAGACAUUAGAAGCAGUUCAUCGGGAAAGCAAGAGACUUCCACCAAUACAAAAGCCAAAGAUACUGACCCCAAGUAUGCUACCUGGUGAGGAGAAAAUAAUGGAUGGGCUGAGAGUUUACAUGCUGGCUGAUGGCCGGGAAGAAGGGACCGGGGGCUUGGUCGGUGGGCCACCCUUGCUGCCAGCCGAGGGGGCCAUCUUCAUUACAAAUUAUCGCAUUAUUUUCAAAGGAAUACCGUGUGAUUCUCUUGCUUGUGAACAAGUUGUAGUACGAGCUUUCCCUGUGACAUCACUCACUAAAGAGAAGAGAGUAACUGUGCAGCAAGCAGGUCAUCUCGAUCAGUGCUUGCAGGAAGGGCUCCAAUUGCGAUCUUGCACCUUCCAGCUAAUGAAAGUAGCGUUUGAUGAAGAAGUCACACCAGAAAGCAUAGAGCACUUCCGCAAAAUGAUUCACCGAAUAAGGCAUCCCCCUCAUAUCUUCCAUCACUUUGCCUUCACCGGACAAGUUGCAGUGCCUCAAACACCCCUUCAUAAGGGCAAGGAAGGAAAGAAUGCGACUUUGAGGGGCUUUGCGAAGAAAACAUUGUUGAAAACUGCCAGACGCGCCGGUUUCAAGCCAAAAACUUCUUCUAAACGCCAAAAAUAUGUCCUUCCAAAUGUUACCAAUAGUAAUAAUGUCAACAAGUACAUGACCUCUCCAGGCCGUAUGUCUCUUCCAGUUACUGAUAAUGUUGACUAUGGUGCAGAGGAUGACAUUUCAUUGGACGAAUUUGAGAUACCAGGCCCUGGGCUUGUUCCGCCCUCUGCCCCUACCGAUGCCAAGACUUUAGAGAGGUUGACUGAACGUAGCUAUGUGAGGGAUUGGCAACGACUUGGUCUUAUCAGUAGCACAUCAGCUAGCACUGCUCGCCAAAGAGAGACGUUCCGCUUGACCACUGUCAAUAGCGCGUACAUGAUGUGUCGAAGCUACCCUGCCCUGCUGGUUGUUCCAUGGGCUAUAACUGAUGAGAGCAUUCGGCGCUUCUGUCGCUCCUAUCGCCACGGUCGCAUACCUGUCAUAACUUGGCAGCAUCCAAGAACCAAAGCAUUGCUGCUUCGUGGUGCAGGUUAUCACGGCAAAGGUGUCAUGGGCAUGCUGAAGGGUCAUCCCACUGCUACAGUGUCAACAUCCGAAAGCACCUCUUCCAUUGAGCAGGAAAAGUAUUUAUCAGUGCUGGUAUCAUUCACACCCAUCGCUGUAAUGCGGCAAGGUGCUGCGUGGGACAACUCUGACUCCAACUUGAGCAUUGACUCGCUCUUGUUAGCUGCAGAAGAUCAUGGUGGGAUUGCCAAUGGCCUCACCAACACUUUGACUCCAGAAAUAGCUCGGCGGUCCAAUCCUUUCAACAAGGCCAUGGGCACUUUAGGUAUGUUCCCUCGUGGCAGUGGUGGAAAGGGUGGUCCCAAGACUUUUGGAAGAUGGGGCUCUCUCAAGGAUCGGCGCAACAGUUCACAGGGUUCUUUGACAAACUUGCCCGUGCCGCAUCGUGGCAAUGUGAGGCAUUCGGCAGACUCUGAUUCAGGCACAGAGUGUGUCCAGACUUUCCAGAGGGCUGCACUCUACAUUCUGGGCGAGAAGGCUCAAAUGAAGGGAGGCAAAGCGGAGUCUUCCCCCAAAACUGAUUUUAUUCCCGUGGAGUAUGCUGAUGUGAGGCACACCAAAGCAGCAUUCAAGAAAUUGAUGCGUGCGUGUAUACCGAGUUCUCCUGAUCCAGAACCAGAACAUACUUUCCACAAACUGAUUGAGAGUUCAGAAUGGCUGCAGCAAAUCCAAAAUAUCAUGCAAUUAUCUGGGGCGAUUGUAGAUUUGUUGGAUGUGCAAGGAUCUUCCGUCAUGCUGUGUCUUGAAGAUGGUUGGGAUGUUACUGCCCAGGUUUCAUCUGUUGCUCAGCUUUGCUUGGAUCCUUACUACCGAACCAUUGAAGGAUUCAGAGUUUUGAUUGAGAAGGAGUGGUUGGCAUUUGGUCACCGUUUUUCUCACCGAAGUAACUUGUCAGGACCCUCCCAGGCCAGCAGUUCAGGAUUUGCCCCAACAUUCCUCCAGUUUUUGGAUGUUGUUCAUCAAAUUCAGCAACAAUUUCCUCUUGCCUUUGAGUUCAACGACUUUUAUCUCCGCUUUCUUGCCUACCAUUCCGUGUCUUGCCGCUUCCGCACCUUCCUUCUUGAUUGUGAACUUGAGCGGGUAGAAGUUGGGAUUGCUGCGGUCGAAGAUAAGAGGGGGUCCCUUACCUCCCACCAUAAAGGGGUUGACACUGCUGGCUCUGAUGAUGAUAUGGUGUAUCCUGGUGGAAGGUUGGCGGGUACAAGCCAAGGGCCGAACCUCGGCCAAUCUUUGUUCGAUUACAUUGAGAAACAGCAUGCCCGAUCACCACUUUUCUUCAACUUCUUGUAUGCAUCUGAUUCUGAAAAUCCAGUCUUGAGGCCUCAAUCUCUUCUCCCAAGCUUGGAUAUUUGGAGUUACUACACUAGUGAGCAACUGUCUCAUGGCCCUGCAUAUGACUUAGAAGUCAUCCAGCAAGAUUCUCAGCAAGAGGAAGAGAAUGAGGCGGCUGAUGGUAUCUCUCCUCAUUCCGGUCGACGAGUGGUUUCACUUGGUUAUGAUAUGAUUGACAAUCUUGUACCGAAUGCCUUUUCAUUUUUGCUGGAAGAAGUUCACCGCCUGGAAGCUGAGUUGGGUCAUCUGCCUCAAAAGUGGAAAGUGCUGUGGGACAAACUGGAGCUUCCCACCACCGACUCUUUGACGAGGCAUGCUUCGUUCAGCACUCAGCUUGUGCGCUCGCAUGGCAGACUUCUGCAUAAGAGGUCAACACUUGAAAUCUUGAUGAGGGGAAAGAUUGCUGGUGCUCAGGAUGCUCCCCAUGUCUACUCCCACCCCCAUCGGUUUGAUCGUUACUCCUAUACCACUCCAAGCUACUGCGACUAUUGUUCCAAUGUGUUGUGGGGACCUGUGAAGACUGGUUUGCGCUGUAUGGAUUGUGGGUAUAGUUGCCAUGACAAAUGUCAAGAGCAUGUACCUAAAAGUUGCACCAAGUACAAAGCAGUCUCUGACCCAAGUAAUCCUAAUCAAACAUUGACACGAAAUGGUGGUGAUAAUGGAUCUGUGAAUUCAAGUAUAGCCACAAUGCAAACGUCUUCCCAGCAGUACUAUGAUCAGUUUUCUUCUAACGUGGCAGAGAAUCGCACUCAUGAGGGCUAUUUGUACAAACGAGGUGCCUUGUUGAAAGCAUGGAAGCAAAGAUGGUUUGUUCUAGAUUCCAUCAAACAUCAACUGAGAUACUAUGAUGCCAUGGAAGAUUCUCAGAGUAAAGGAUACAUUGAUUUAGCAGAAGUGAUGUCUGUAAGCCCAGCUCCACCAGCUCCUGGCCCCCCGAAAAAGACUGAUGACAAGUCCUUCUUUGAUCUGAAAACAAGCCGAAGAACUUACAAUUUCUGUGCUACUGAUAAUGCUGCAGCACAGGAAUGGAUUGAAAAGCUUCAAGCCUGCUUGCAAUAAUUAACUACUAAGUACCUUUAAGGAAAUUGCCAGCAAUGCUAUUGCCAUGAUGUCUGUAUGUCCUUUAAUCAUAUAAAAUAGGACAAGUCUUUUGUUGUUCCUUUAUGUUUGUAAUUGAAACUUGUAUAGGUUACUCAUAUAUUUCAAUUUAUUUCCCAUGUAUCUUUUUUUAUGUACAAAAGCUUUUGUUGCACUCUACGUAUCUUGUCAAUGCUGUAAAUAAGACUAUUUGUUACCUUUUAAGAUGUAAUCUCUGUAUAAAACACUUUAUUGUAAAUUGAAUUUAAAGCUUUAUGUUGCACAUGGAAAGAAAAGUUAGAUAGGUACAGCUUUCCGUUUGUUAAAUGUUAAUUCAUAAUGUAUUUACAAACUUCCCUGUUACUGUUAAUGUUACUUUUGUUUUGGACCAUAGUAGUUCGGAUUUGGCUCUGCCACCGUUCUCAGUUAAUUAGCAAUUUAAUCUUGUUGAAGUUUUAAUACUGUUAUUGCACAGUGGGGAUCGUUUCCAGGUCAUGGUAUUGUCAGAUAGUUGUCAUGAUUUUAUCUUAGGUUUAUAAUUACGCUUCACCUUCAAUUCAUUUGAAACUUCAUAUUUGCCCAUCCCUUAGGUUUCAAAAGUAUGAGAGAAAUCUUUGAUGGGGCCUACAUAUCAAUGCCUUUGUAUGUGUUUUUAUCUUGUUGACCAUGUAAUGAAAAGUAUAUCUGUGGGAGACAUUUAUUUGUUGCAAGACAAUACUUCAUUAUUGAACUUCAAAGAUUAAGAAAGUGCUAUUUUUAUACACAAUUGGUAGAAGAGAUGUCAAGCCUUUUGAGGUCCCUAUGAUUGUACUGUAAGUCCACAAAUUUUACCUCACAGUGCUCGAGGGCUCUCAGGACUCCAUUGUUCGUGAUAAGAUUUUAUGUUUUAUGUGUGCUUGAGAUCAAAUGUAAACAUACUGAGCUUCAUGUGAAGACGCAAUCUUAAAGAGAUUGUUUUGUUAGAGAUUGCUGCUGCAGUCAGUUGUCUUUCAAUUUUACUUUUUAUUUGUUUAUAUGGAGUCAUUUAAAUAAACACAUUCCUCAAAUUUAUUGCAUCAUAGGUUCAACGGUUUUAAUUCAAAUUCAGCAAGACAAAUUAAAGAUUGUGUCAACCUAAAGUUGCACUGGCCAGUUUUCCUAAUCAAAUGACAAUCAUUUUCAAAUACUUCUGUAAAAUCUUUCUUAUUUUUGCAUAAAAUUGUUACAGGUCUCUAAUCGUUUUGCUUUUUUGUGUUCUUAUUGAUGUUGCUGAUUGUUAAUGUCUGCGGUGUCACUCUAAAAAUGUGUUUCUGUUCUCUUUUAAAUGGGCAUCAAAGUACCUAUACUACCAUUUCUGCCAUCCCACAAUAACUGACUUUAGUACUCUGAAAUGUCAGUUGUCUCAGUUUUGUUACAAAAAUCAAGCAAAAAUAAAUGUUAAAGUUCUGUGAAAGCCUGACUGAUAAUUUACUUAUUUCUUUUCUUAAGACAUAUUUAUUGCUGUAGAAUAGAUUGCUUUAGAACUUAAGUUACAUAUACUUGACGGUUAAAGCAUGCACUGAAUGAUAUCUUCAUCUGAUAAUUUUGUAGGCUUUCUGUGAUUUUCUGUGCGCAGCCUGUUUUAUGUGUAUUCUUGGUAUAAGUCACUUUCAUCUUUCUUUUUUUUUUUUUUACUUCAAUGAUGACUUAUGGAAGUUUUGUGUGUGAUAAUAUUCAGUGCCAAAUGUGAAAUGGUUAGCAUCUCUCUGAAAAAGGCCCUUAUAGGCUUUUAAUUCUGCAGAAAUGAUGUCAUGGGGCACUUGCUAUAAUGGGAUGUAGGUACCUAAGCAAAAGAUAUGGCUCAAAUUAAAUACUGUUAUGUUUUUCUGCACUAGUGUUAUUUUUAUGUCUAUGAGAUGGCAGACAAGUUUUUAAAAAAUAUUCCUUUCUAGUGGCAGUUGGGCUCUCUAACACAUUUGUUCAACGGCUCAAACUUUUUGACAGGAAUUUCCUCAUUAUAACGUUCUUCCAAGUUCAGAAAGAAAGUAUGGUCGUAAAAGCUGGACUAAUAAUUGAUCAAUUUCCAGAUUGUUUGCUUGUAUGAAGCUCUCUGUAAGUGAAAGUGUGCUGUUUCUUGCUAAGCAAAACUCUUCCUUUGAUGUGUUUUUACACUUGCCCUCUGGUUACUUACAUUUUAAAGGAAUGCUAUGGAUAGUGUUUAUUACCCCAACGAAGCAAAGCAAUUUCUGAAUUUCUUACAGUCUUAGGUGAUGCUGAUACGUUUUGAUUUGUUUAAGUGUAUGACUGCUUUAGGAAAUUAUUUUCCCACUUUUCUACUUUUCAAUAGGACAAGUGGGAUGAUUUUAAAUACUUGGUUGAUUCAGUUUAGUCAAAGGAAAGGGUAAGACUGAAACAAUCCACUUUAUUCUCCUGAAAUAAUUUGCAAAUUCAUGAACUUUCUCCACUUUUGAUGGAAGGAAAACCAUAUGCUGAUAUAUUGGCUUACGGGUAAUACAACGUAUAUGCAUGUUGUAGUCUGUUUAUGUGUUUAUGCCAUUAUUAAAUGUGUUUUUGAUUGUAUAAAUAUCCUGCAAUUUGUAAUUAUAUGCUUUUCUACCCCAUAAUGCUAAGCAGCAUGUUUUCCACUAAUUUCCAUUUUUAUAAUCAUUUAUGAAAGAAGAAAAUCUUUUUUAAAAUCAAUGCAAUAAUUUUACAAUGGAUGAAGGGGAUCUCUUGAGAGAACAAUGUGAGGGUUCUAUAGAGAUGCUCCACUUUUGGACAAUAAUCUAUAGGUUGUUGUUUCUUAAAUUUUUUUGUCGCAUUCCAUUGGCCUACCAUUUUGAUAAUUUUUGUUAUAAUUGCAUAUAUUUGGCGCCGAAACCCAUUAAAAAUCACAGCUGGAACAUAUCAGCAAGGAAACAUGUCAUCUGUGGCCCACAAGUCACAGUCCUGUACUGUUGAGAUAGUCAUAUAUCAUCACGCAUACAGUGUUGUUAACAAUUAAUGAGAUGCAUGCAAGCUAAAUAGAAGGAGAAAUAACUUUAUUGUGAUUGUCUAUGUAAACAUUGUGUACCAAAUAAACUCAUGGUGUUAUUGCAGCAAGCAA